AUGGGCGCCCCGGCCCUCGGGGAGGAGCGCGCAGCUCCCGAGGCCAAGAGGCGCCGCAAGCCGCCAGCCGCGGCGCGCCGCAGCCUGAAGACCAACCUGUGCAAAUGGUGCGACGCGACGGCGCCCGCCUGCGAGGAGCGCGUCUGCUACAGCAACUGCAACCUCAACUCCUACUGCGAGAGCCCCUACGAGAUCUGCGUGGCCAUCUGGAGGCAAGACAACGAGAGCAUCAGGAUCAGCACGCUGUGCCACAACCCCCAGCACCCCAUCGAGAACCUCAUGGUCCCCAACUACAACACCUCCCGCUGCAUCAUGAGCCACCAGCCCAGCGAGGACGGUGCCAUCUACAUCUGUGGCUUGGUGGACGAUCAGGAAUGCAAUGACAAACUCAUCUUCGAGAACCACACCAACGGAUACUCCAUGCUGCAGAGCAAAGAGGUCAUCCCGGUGGCGGCCAUCAGCCUGCUGCCCCCGCUGCUGGUGGCCGUCAUGAUCACGGUGAUCUUCUACCUGUGCCGCACGCAGAAGCGGAGGAAGCGAGCAACGGACGGGGGCCCGAACACAGGGCAGCCCGAGCGGGGCAAGGCCGCCGAGCGCGACGAGAAGCUGUCGGUGAUGAUGGACGACAACCAGGCCGCCAUGAGCUCCACCUGCGCCAACAGCAUCAACCACAACACCGAGCUGCUCCCCAUCGAGCUUGACGAAAUGGUGGGCAAAGGCCAGUUUGCUGAGGUCUGGAGGGCCAAGCUAAACCAUGCUAGUUCGGGGCAGUAUGAGACAGUGGCUGUGAAGAUCUUCCCCUGCGAGGAAUAUUCCUCCUGGAAAAAUGAGAGCCAGAUCUUCACAGACGCCAGCCUCAAGCACGACAGCGUCCUGCAGUUCCUCACAGCGGAGGACAGGGGCUCGGGGCCCCGCAAGGAGUACUGGCUCAUCACGGCCUACCACAGCCGCGGCAACCUCAAGGACUACCUGUCCAGGCACAUCCUGAGCUGGAUGGACCUACAGAAAAUGGCCGGGUCCCUCGUCAAUGGGGUGGCUCACCUCCACAGCGACUACACAGCCUGCGGCCGGCCAAAAAUCCCCAUUGCCCACCGGGACAUCAAGAGCACCAAUAUCCUGGUUAAGAACGAGCAGGAGUGCGUGCUGUGCGACUUCGGCAUCGCCAUCCGCCUCGACCCUUCCCUGACGGUUGAUGACUUUGCAAACAGUGGGCAGGUGGGCACCGCCAGGUACAUGGCCCCGGAGGUCCUGGAGUCCAGAGUAAAUCUCGAAGAUCUGGAGUCUUUCAAGCAAAUGGAUGUCUACUCCAUGGCCCUGGUUUUAUGGGAAAUGGCCUCCAGAUGUGAAGUGGUAGGAGAAGUAAAGAAUUACGAGCUACCUUUUGGGUCAAAAGUGCAGGAGCAGCCCUGCGUGGACACCAUGAGAGACAUCGUGCUGCACGGCAGAGGACGCCCCGAGAUCCCCAGCAGCUGGUUGGUGCAUCAGGGCAUGCGCUUCCUGUGCGACACCAUCACGGAGUGCUGGGACCACGACCCUGAGGCGCGCCUCACGGCGCACUGCGUGGCCGAGCGCCUGGCCCUCAUGGCGCAGAUGGGCUGCGACGACAUCCUCAACAACAACACGGACCGCGAGGCCGGCAAGGCCCAGCCGGGCGCCAGGACCGCGCAGUGA